AACGCCGCCAGGCCACGUGAUGUAAACAGCCGGUUUCUAGGUCGCGGCUGCGUACAUUCCAAUGUGCCCCAGUCUUCGCGUUUCCCCUGCCCGCUCCAUCUUUAUCCUCCGCAGUCUCAUCCGAGGUCCUGAGAAGAAGCCGCCGUUCAUCACUGGCCGCCAUGUCAGCGUACCGGGUUUCUCCUCCUCCUUCGACUCGACCCUCCAAUGACGUCAUCGCCGCGGGUGUAGGAAGGAAACGUGGUGAGAGGACCAAGAUGGCGACUCCCUAUGUGACCGACGAGUCCGGAAAGUACAUAGCAGCUACCCAGCGUCCUGAUGGAACCUGGAGGAAGCCGAGAAAAGUGAAAGAGGGAUACGUGCCUCAAGAGGAAGUUCCUGUAUAUGAAAACAAGUAUGUCAAGUUCUUCAAAAGCAAACCCUCACUUCCCCCUGGACUUAGCCACGUUGAGCCAACUGCUAACAAAACUCAACAGUCCAACAAGCCAGAGACAGAAACCCCUCUAUCUAAAACAGCUAAGAGGAAAAUGAAGCGCAAAGAGAAAAAGAAUCAGGAGAAAGGAGAACGAGAGUCGGUGGAGGAGGCCAGACAAGACAUUGGGAAGAUUAGCAUUUCAGAAACUGAGGUGAAAAAUGACAAAUCGAAUAGUGAAAACGCUGCUGCCGAGAAGACAAAGAAACUGAAGAACCUGCGUAAGAAACUUCGACAAGUGGAGGACCUACAGCAGAAAAUAGACUCUGGAGAGAUCAAGCAGCCUUCCAAAGAGCAGUUAGAAAAGCUGGCUAGGAGGAAAGCACUAGAGGAAGAGAUAGAGGACCUGGAACUGGACUUGUAGAAGAGAAGGCAUCCAUCAUUGGCUAAACUGCCACAGGACAUCUUAGGAGUUUUAUGUUUUCUUUGUUUCCCAUUCAUGUCCCAUUGUAGUUUGCGAGGGAAUGCGGUUUCUGCUUUCCCAAAGGACCUCUAAUAUUGAAGAUCUGAUUUCCAGCUCAUUAGCACCUAGGCGAGAAAGAUACCAUCUACACAGAAAUGUGAACAGUCCUAUCAUGUUUAGGUAUCAGAAGACCACAUUUCAUUGACUUGUGCACAACUUAUCACGUCAGGCCCAUCCAAGUUUUGUUUUUGUUUUUUUCUCUAGGUUUGUCAGAUUGUCUGUGGAUUGUAGAGUGCUCAACUUUGGACACUAUAUACAAAAUGAAAGCAAUAAUUUAAGUACAUUAUGUACUAUAUCAUAUGUAUAAUUUACCAACUUACAAUACUUCUGUUACUGGUUUGUUGAAUGGAAUGUUUUAGGAGAAAAAUAAUGUCUUAAAAUAGGUUGUCACAUGUUAAGCCAUAAUGACAUCAAGGAGGAUAUAUGCUUUUAUGCCUGAGCAAUAAUGAAGUCUGUUGGUGGAUGAAUAUGCAGAUACACAUUUUAUUUUUUUUACAUUUUGCCAAUGUUUGUAAAAUUGAUCAUUUUCAUACAAUAUUUUAACAGAACUGAUACUUAAAGGGAUGUUCCCCCACUGAUCCUGAGAACACUGGGUCUAAGGUCCUUUUGGCUUUUUAUAGUAAUAUGCCGUAACAUUCUAUGGUGGGAAAACCCCAUUAAGUAAUGGUUAAAGAGGUUCUCUGGGUUAACAAUUAUCUGAUGACCUAUCCUUGGGGUAGGUUAUCGAUUAGUAGGGGUCUGCCACCCAGCACCUCCACCAAUCAGUUGUUUUACAUAGUAUCUGUGUAGUGGUUGUGCCAAGGUAAAGCGGCUCGGCUCUCCUUCAAGUGAAUGGGAGCUAAGCUGCAGUACUCUGGUGCUGGAUACUACACAGUGUAUAGAACCUUCUGCUACUGCUUUGUACACUGUAGCAGCCCAAAACAGCUGAUCGGUGGGGGUGUAGGUUGUGGUCUGACAACCAAUCUGAUAUUGAUGAUCUAUCUGGGAUAGGUCAUCAAUAUCUGUAACCCAAAGACCCCCUAUAAAAACUUUGAACACCUUCGGGGGCAAUUUUUAAUGAUUGCAUUUAACUCAUUUUGGGCAAAAAAAUAAAAAAUUUCAUCAGGUUUUGUCAUAAAGGGUUAAGUAUUAGCCUAGCUGUGAACAUCUUAAUUUUUACUUCCACUUUGUGCCUCAGACACUUAUUUAGGCCACAUUCUAAUUAGUAAGAUAAGAACUGAGCUAUGAGUGUUUAUGAGCUGUCAGGAGAUUACAGAUAAGCUUCACAUGAGCCUGGUACUAGAGAAUCUCAACCCUUUUACAGAGAGAGAGGCUGAACAUUUUUAAUAAAGACCAAUUGAAAAAAAAUGAUUUUAGCUUGAGUACAAUACAAUAAAAACUAAAAAUUUCCCCCCGAAGGUGUCGAUAACCUUUAAGUAGCAGAUGAGGCGGGUUCCUUGCAGUUAGAAAUGCCCAUAUGUCAAAUGUAUCUGUUCAGCCCACUUCAACACGUCCCACUACAGGGUAUUUGUUUCCUAAGUCUAUAAAAUGCCAUGAUCCAGAGUUUAACUUUGCAUCUGAUAACAAGCGUACAAAAUAUGGAAAUAUGUCCUAUCUUCUAUUACGUAAGGCUGGGAAAAAAGUUUCUGUAGUCCGUGAGUCCAUAAGUAAAUGAACUGUUGGUCAGCAAUAUAACUACCCGUCUCCUGACCAAUCUGGUGGGCAUCAUCUAUUUUUUUUUUUUUUUUCUUUCUUUGUCGGGUGUGGUGGUGUCCAGUGCACAGAUUUUCUAUCAUCUUGGAAGCUCGAACUCUUCAGACUGUAGUACUCGUUACUUUGUCCCCCGCUGUCCAUACAAUCAUUCAGCAACAGUAAUGCAGGAAGUUCAGGAACAAUACAGUAACAUGCGUCCUGCAAGGUUUUGUUAGGAAUUUCCAUUGUAAGGAAGCUGAUUGUAGCAAAGUUGGGUUUUAUAAUGUACAGUCCAUUUCUUACAAAUUCCUUGUUUUAAGUGAUCGUUUAAUAAAGUUACGAGGUGAUGUAUCCAUACAGCUGGGGUACAUACACUGUGUCCGUAAUUUAGGAUCGAGUACCUCUGUUAUGUGCGGCCUUUACUAUUGUCCUAUGUCCUGUUACUCUUGACCCCACGUUUUUGUGUUGGGGGAGAUCACCAUUACAUUUAUAAGGACUGUAUUGUACGGUUUGUUGUAUUACUAUUUUCUCUUUUUAUAACCUAGAAGGUGUAAUAAACAUGUUGCACCAAAGAA